AUGCUGCGCUACUUCUCCAGCAAGGCCGAGGGGUUAGAGUUUACCCUCAACCAUCUCAUUCGGCUAUAUCGGCCUCAGCUAUUUCGAGGGCUAAUCAAGCUUCAACAUCAAUCAAGCAAAGCCUUAUUUGCUAGUAACGACGAGGACAAAUACAGAGGCUGGAUGAGCCGUUGUUGCUUGGAUACCCCAUGCGGUCACCGACCUCGAGGAUUGGGUCCAAAAAUUAGUUGCAUUGGAGUUGUCUCUGAAAUGAGGCAGGCCCUGCCCGAGGAAGAGACCGAGUCCCCUAUUCCAAAAAUGGGAAAAGACAACAAGAGAAAAAGGGCUUCGAAGCCUGAAGAUCCCCAAGACAAGAAAGCCCCUGCUCAAAGGCUAAGGAAGAAAUUUAUUCAUGUGGACGUAGAUUCGGUCCACCAAUUCCCGGAUGAUGAAGAAAAUGAGGGUGAAGUAUCAACGUUGGUGCCCCGAACUAGGAAACCGGUCGAGGCCGCCAAGCCCUCCGAACCAGAGACCUCGCCUCAUGGCAAUAAAAGACGCUCAAGCCUCAAUGAUGCAUCUACCCUUUUUGAAGAGGCUCAUCGUCUCUUCUCUCAGGCUAUUACCAAGUUCAAGGCCAAGCUGAGCCAAUGUGAGGCCGAGCUCAAGAAGUCUUCGGAUGAAGAGAAGGCCCUGAGGCUUCUUUGCGACCAAAAGGAGGAGGAGAUCAAGGACCUUCGGGCCGAUUUGGCCAAAGCCCGUGAAAACGAGGCUGAGCUGGACAAGCAGGUAAAGGCCGAUUGCAACCGAUGGAAGGAGAACAUAGAUUGGCUUGUUGCUGAUAAAGUGGAUGCUCUAGCCCAACUGGCCUCGGCUGAGACCCAGCUCAGGGGUAUUAAAGUGACAAAUUUGGCCCAGGCCAAGAAGAUCAAGGAGCUCGAGGUCAAACUCACUGAAGCCGGGGCUAAGAUUGCUGAAGCUAGGGCCGAAGUGGAGAGGACGAAUGCCACGACCGAUAAAACCAUCAAUGUGUACUUAAGGUAUGCCGAGGCUGUUCAAACAGAGCUAAGGGAGGCCUCCAAUAGGGAAAAACGGAGCAAGGAGCUGGCUAAGUGCCAAUCUUGGAGGGAGACCCUUGAAGAGAUCCACGCCCGAGGUUUUGACCUCACUGAAGAGAUAACUCAAAUAAGAGAGCUGGAAACCAAUGCCAGGUUCCUCAUUUCUUCUGACGAUGAAGAUUCCGCCAAUGGUUUUGAGGGCAGGGAAGAUGAGGAUGGAGUCCCUGAGGAGGAGGUUCCCGAAGACGCGUAG